CACUCUUGAAGUGUCAGAGUCUACAGAGGGGCUUUGGAAAAACAAGAGCGAGAGCCACAGCUUGUCUGGAGCCUGUUCAGCCAUGUGGGAAAUGGAUGUAAAAUGAGGCACUGCUCGUUUUGGACUCUCUGAGCUGUUUGGAUGAAGGUUAUUUUUUCUUUGACAUCAAAAGUCAUGGAUUCUGACUCAGAGUCUCCUUUCAACUACUCUUGGCCUUCAUUUCCCAGGAUGAGGAUAUGCCGGAAAACUGGGAAAAAAGAGAAAAGCCAGUCAAUAAGGGAGAGCCAGGCCUCGUCCCCGACCAGGGCAGCAGCUGCCAGACUCUCAGCAAUGAUACACGGGAAAGACCAAGUAUACGCCAAUUCCAUGGUGGUGGACCAGGUGGAUAGAGCUGACAUUAAGUAUCGGUCUCCAGGAGAUGAUGAGGAGGUCAGCCCUUCAUCCUGCUGGGAUUCCUUGUCUCCCACUCUUGUUGAAUUGGAGAAUUGCUCCCAGAAACGUUCCCAGUCGUCACCCCAUUGCAGGCCGAGGGGAAGUCAGGGCCCAGGCCGGGACAAUGGCAGGGAGGCAUACUCUUGUGUUUCUCCCCCUUAUCCCUUUGCCCCCUCCCCAUCUCUUCCUUCCUCUCCUUUGGCUUCCGCAAUUCGUUUGUUCGAGGGAGCUCAGAGGCGUCAGUUACAGAUGGGUCCUUCAGAUUCUCCAGCUCUGGAGCGCAGAGAGUGCGGCUUGACAGAUGCAAGCCGGGGCCUGAGCCCCAGUCUAGAGUGUGACAGUGAAGAAGAGGACAUACUGGGACACACCUACCCUUGUUCAUCUUUGAAGCAGAGGUCAAUCCUGCAGUCCAGCUCUGGAGAGGAGAGGGACUCCUUUGACACUUCACCUGAUUUUAAUUGCUCAUACUCUGAAACCGCAAAGAAAUCCAGCAAGAAUUCAGAGGAUGCUGAGGUUCGCCUGCGCUCCUACUCCUACUCCUCCCCUAAAGUGAGGCCUUCUCGACCGCUGCUGAACCGAGAUUUGGCUAUCACCGAUAUGGAAGAAGAUGGCACUUUGAGCAGCGGCGGUCAUUCGUUACUUCAGGCUUUAUCUCUCUCUAAAUCCCUCUCACGUCUCAACCAAGUUAAACAGAGAGCCUUCAACCUGACUGAAACGCCAAGAGAAAAAAGGGUUUUGGGUUUCCGUAAGCGGGCCCAGUCAGCAGAGGAGGAGAGCACGACAUCACUCCAACAUCUCACCCUUACAGAGUUCCUCAAAGAGAUCGAGGAUGAGGAGUGGGAUAAAUAUAUAAUCCCAUCUAAGGUUGAGUCGGAGAAGUACAAAGUGAGCCGGACCUUCAGCUUCCUAAAGAGCAGGAUGUCCAGCACCCGAAGCAAAACCAAGGUAAAAAGAAAAGAGAUGAAGGAGGGAAGAGAGAAGCCGGGAGCGUCAAAUGGGCACCAGUUUGUUCUCGUGUCACCGCCUGCUCCUUUUCUCUGUGUGGCCUGUGAUAAGCCUUUUUCUGGGAAAGAGUCCUUGCAGUGCUCCAACUGCUUCCUGAAUGUCCAUAAAACCUGUCGAGAAUCAGCUGCAGCCUGUGGAAAGAAGUUGCAGGAGAGGAAUGCAGUGAUCAUGAAAAGCAAGACCAUGUCUCUCCCACACAGCUUUGUCAAGGAAAGCUCUCCAGCCUCUCUUUUCUCUUUAUCUGCCUGCUCUUCCCCAUCAUCUUCAGUUCCAACGAUGACCAAAGAAAGAAGGGAAAUUGGGGCUUCUUUCUCCAAAAGCCAAUCAAUAUCUAUAGACAGCAGAGGUUGGAGUGAAACUGCAGGGUUGGACAGUGAAUGCAGCAUGACAGCUUGCACUAACAGCUCACCGUCAGAAGAUGGAACACCUGUCACAACAACUCCCCCUUUCGUUGACCUACCAAUCAGCACAAAGGAAUAUGCAGAUACUGUUGAUGCUCCUCUGCUGAGUGACCUUUCAGCUGACCUGCUGGGGCUUGAGGCUGAGUCGUGGAGUCUCGCUGUCUGUCCAGAGUUUUGUAGACAACACGACAGGCGCACCAUCAAACGACAAGAUGUAAUUUAUGAGCUGAUGCAGACGGAGCUGCACCACAUUCAAACCCUGACGGUCAUGUCGGAGGUGUUCAGGAGAGGCAUGCUGGAGGAGCUGCAGCUCGACUGGGACUGCGUGGCCCGGAUAUUCCCGUGCUUGGAUCCCCUCCUGCUCUUUCACAGAAACCUCUUCAAAGCACUGCAGGAAUGCCGCCAAGCUGCAACCCAAGCAGAGAAUUUCCGAAAUUACCUCAUCCAUCAUAUUGGAGAUGUACUGCUCCAGCAGUUCUCGGAUGAAAAUGCUGAGAAAAUGAAGCAGGUGUACGGAGAGUUCUGCAGUCACCACAUGGAGGCUGUGAACUUCUUCAAAGAACUUCAGCAGCAAAACAAGAAAUUUCUAAACUUUGUCAGACAACAGAGUAAUAACUCUCUGGUCAGACGAAGAGAAGUGCCAGAAUUCAUCCUGCUGGUCACGCAGCGCAUCACAAAGUAUCCAGUGCUGCUGGAGAAGAUAUUACAGUACACUCAGGACGGAAGCCAGGAACACUCUGACUUGUCAGAUGCUCUGGCUCAGAUCCGUGACAUCAUCACAGCAGUGGACCAAAUGGUCGGUAAGUAUGAGAGAUCUCAGGAGCUCCAGGAAGUGCUCGCUAGGCUCGAAACCAAGAGCUUCGCCAAGCUCAAGAACGACAAGUUGUUUCGCAAACAGGACCUGAACAGCAAGCACAGAGCUCUGCAGCACAAAGGACUGCUCUACUGGAAGACUGCCACAGGGCGUCUGAAAGACACUUUAGCUCUUUUGCUCACGGAUGUUCUGGUUUUUCUGCAAGAGAAAGACCAGCGCUUCAUAUUUGCCUCUGUGGACCAAAAGCCUCCAGUUAUUCCUCUGCAAAAGCUCAUAGUUAGAGAGGUAGCCAACGAGGAGAGAGGAAUGUUCCUUAUCUCUGCAUCCUCCGUGGGACCAGAGAUGUAUGAAGUUCACACCACCACAAAAGAAGAGAGGAAUGCAUGGAUGAGACACAUCCGAGAGGCUGUGGAGAGUUGUCCAGAGGAAGAAGAGGAGGAGGAGCGAAGUGCUGAGACAGAGGAAGCCAGGCAAGCUGCAGAAGUGAGAGCUCAGAAGAUCAGCAAGUUCCAGGAAACACUGCUUGGCCAGGACCAGCAGAUCUGCCACAGCUUGGAGGAAAAGUUACAACUUUAUGCUGAGCUCACAGAGUUAACUCUCCGGGCACCAGAAUCUGUACCACAUCGCCAUCUGCUGGUUGGACCUGCACAGUACAUCGACACUGAGGCGCCGCAUCAGGCGUCAUCGCUGCUCACAGCUGCGCUGAGAGAAGCUGAGAACCUGAUCAGCAUUCUUCAGACUCGUGAUGGAGUUCCUUUCCAACGUCAGAACUCCCCCGUCCAAGCGCCUGAGUGCUGCAGCUACAACAGCCAUGGCAGCAGCAUUCAGGAGUCUCCUUCUGAACCAGAUUAUCUGAGCACACUUAGUAUGAGCUCCAAUUCUCUUGGAUCUGAAAGCGAGUUAACGGGCAUGGACAAUGCAUCGUGGAGCUCAGCUGUCGAGCUCAGAAAAGGAGACACAAAAGGGACACUGUUAAAGGUGGCAGAGAGCGUCCAGAGCCUCACUCAGCUUCUCUACAGUCUGCAGGCAGCUGUAACCCUCCAGGAUAGCUUCUACGAAGUCCAAAAACUUCUUCUUCAAGAGGGAGAAAGACCUCAGCUUCGUAGCAUCAGCUCCCUCCAAACCAGCCUGGAACAGGAAAAGCACAGGAGCGUCGACAAGAUGAAAGAAGAGAAGAAAAGUUUGGAAAGGAAGAAAGAGGAUGUCGAUGAGGUGCAGAAGCUCCAAGUCAAACUCAAACAAGAGCAGCAGCGCUGGGAAAAAGAAUGUGUAGUCAGAGAGAAACAGCAGUCUGAGCAGGAGAACGUGCUUGAGGAGCGAGAGCAGCAGUGUCUCUUUGAAGCUGAGCGGCUGCGCUGCGAGCGAGAGGAGCUUGAGGUUCAGCUGCAGGAGUAUCAGCAAAGCCUGGACAGACUGAGGGAGGGCCAGAGGAGUGUGGAGAGGGAUAAGGAGAGGAUCGAAGCCCAGCAGAGGCUGCUGCAGAGCUGGAGACACAGCCGCCAGAGCAGCCUGCCCAUCACAAUACCACUGGAUGGAUACAAGGUUGUCACACACAGCCGCACAGGCAGCUUUGAUGGAAAGUGCUCGCUGUUCAAGAACGAGUCGGGUUUGUUCAGCUCCCUGCAACAGAACCACCUCCACCAUCCCACCAACUACAACCGUCAGCACGCUCUCUCCACGCAGAAGAAAAAUCCAGACAGCCUGCCGCUCAGCUCUGGCUGCGCUCCAGACCGCAGCCUUAGUGCCAGCCUCUACAACAGCCUAAACACACUGCUGAGUCAAACGCACAGCAAACAGCCUCUGUACGGUAACAACCACAGCUGCACCCGAUCAUCUGUUGACUGCCUCCAUCCCUUCAGCAGCAGAGUGGCUUCGCAGCAGAGAUCCAACAACACAGAUUUCACCCAGCUGGAGGAAACACAAACGUCAGGUUCCUGGAGGUCAGGGAUCACAGGUCACGGACUCAUUAAAGAGCACAACUCUCCCUCUCUCACUCCCCUCCUCCCACCACAGGCUUAUCUCUCCCUCGAAGGACAGAAAGGAGACGAGGGAGUAGAGGAAAACAUAGUUUACCUUUGAGAAUCCAGAAAUGAGCAAAGCGAGCUGCCAGAUCAAUAACUGGAAAAAAAGGAUCAUUUAUCUGUGGCUUCAUUGUCUCUGUGAUGUUGUUUCUAUUUAAAACUGACUUAAGUCCAUUUAAAAAUCAGAAUAUUUAGACAUUCUGACUGUUUAUGUGCCUUUACCUAAGUCAGUGUGCCUCCUGUGUGAUCAAACCAUUGUGCCUUUUUCAUUUUGAAAAAAAAAACUUUUUCUUAUGUCAGUUUUUUACUUUGAAACUCUAUUUGUUGCACUUAUUUGAAGACAGAGGUACAUUUGAACUCAAGCCAUCAAACAAUUCAAACAGAAGUACUGAUUUAAGUUCCCGAAAAGCACUUAAAACUAAACUAUAGCUGUAAAGUCAAUCAAGCUUUGCCCCACACUAUGUAAUGUUUUGCUUUGUUGUUUUGCAGAGCUACCUUUGUUUAUUUUUACAUCUGGUGGUUGCAAGCAUCUGUAAAGCAUAAAAUACAUACUGACAUUAUUGUGUGUGUAUAUAUAUAUAUUCAAAACCA